GAUAGAUGUAUAGGAGUCGUUUAAUCAGCUGAAACCCGUUUCUCAGCGGACUGAUUAGUUGGCCUGAGAAUAAUCAACAAAAUAUACCAAAACAUGAUGCUAAAGAAGAAUUCGAUUCUGGGUUCUUCUUAUCUGAAUCUAUGUCUUUUCAUCAUUCUAUUCGUAAGUUGUUAUGGUCUUUCAUUCGAGGAACAAUCGAGUGGUCCGUACAAUUCAUUCACUGUAUCUAGCUUCACGUACGCUAAAACAGAAUUAAAACCCUACGAAUGGCGUUAUAUCAGAGUUGAUUUGCCAACGUGGUUCUCUUCAAUGUCCAUAGCUUUAGAGUCAGAUGUAGACCUUGAUCCUGGAAGCAUUAAAAAAGUUCCUAAAAGCACACAGCCAAUGAUAUGCUUCCGAGAAGGCAGUCCCCCUUUGCCAGAUGUCUACAACACUUCAUCAACAGGCUUAGUUUUAGGUCCUCUAUCUAAUGUAUCUUCUGGAGGAAUGCAAGGUCUUCAGAAUGCGGAGGCCUGUUAUCUCAUGCAGAAAAAUAUUUCAGUGAAACUGACAAACGAACAGAUCGCUCCAGGAAUUUGGUAUUUGGGUCUAUUUAAUGGCGUAGGACCUACGAGGACGCGAUCAAAGAUGAUUAAUCGAGGCUUAAUAUACUCUUUCAAUGGCAACGUAAGUGUGGAAGGAUGUACGGCCCCAAUGCUCUGGGGCCAGUACUGCAACCAAACAAUCAAUCCCAUUUCAUGUGUUGACACCUACAAUUCGACGAGUUUGAACCAAACAGCAGCAAAUGUGGUUUCUUGCAGUAAUACUGAUGAGAAUUCUUGCCAUGGAGAUAGUGAAUCAAAAGUCUACUCAUUGGAUGUAGUGGGGAUAGCAGAACAGCUAACGGUUAUGGCAGCAAAAGUCAGAUUCAAUGACACACCUUCUUCAAAUGGCACUGGGGAUGGUAGUGGAAUAAUCUUGAUGUGUUAUGCUCGGCAUGGUGCAAUGCCAUUGGCAACUUUGCAUGACUAUUCUGGUGAUAUCAAUAAAGCACCCUUAGUUAUACGCUCACCAAAAGUUGGUCGCUGGUAUAUCUCAAUUCAACCUGUUAAUAUCUCAAAGGAAGUUGGGGGGGUUCAUAACAACAGCAGAACAGUUUGCUAUUCCUUUUAUUGGCAAGUGCUUCAAUGCCCCGUAGAGAAGGCUGGAUUGAACUGCACAUGGGAAAGAUACACGCUUCAGACUGUUCUCAGGAAAAAUCCAACUGUCCCUUUUGAAUCUUAUUAUAUACCAGUCCGUGGAAAGGUUUCCUCAGAUUCAGCUAAUUUCCCUCUGGAGCCCCUUUUAAGCAACUCCUCAGAUGGGGGCAAGUUAGCUGUCGCUUGGACUUACUUUCUUCUGGACAUUCCUUAUGGUGCUGCUGGAGGAAAUAUCCACAUACGUCUAACAUCGGAUGUAAAAGUUAAUUAUGAAAUAUAUGCCAAAUAUGGUGGAUUGCCAUCUCUGGAUAGCUGGGACUACUUCUAUGAAAACACGACAAGUAGCAGCAAUGGCUCCAUGUUUUUUAAGUUGUAUGAUUCCAGCAAAGAAACAGUCAGUUUUUACAUCUUAUAUGUUAGAGGAGGAACUUGGACUUUUGGAUUGAGGCACCCAAACCCAAUUGAUACUGCUUCCAAAAGUCAGACUACCAUGUCAAUUUCACUUGAAAGAUGCCCCAAAAGAUGCUCUUCUCAUGGACAAUGUCAAUCUGUUGUGGAUGCUAGUGGACUAACAAUAUACAGCUUCUGCUCUUGUGAUCGAGAUCAUGGUGGCUUCGACUGUGGUGUUGAAAUUGUUUCACAUCAAGGGCACGUAUGGCAAUCAAUUUUCCUUAUUGCAUCCAAUGCUGCAGCUAUACUCCCUGCUUAUCGGGCCCUUCGCCAGAAGGCAUUUGCUGAAUCGGUACUUUUCACAUCUAGUGGAAUUUCAAGUGCAUUAUAUCAUGCAUGUGAUGUAGGCACGUGGUGUGCAUCAAAUUUUCAUGCUUUACAGUUUAUGGAUUUUUGGCUUUCUUUUUGGGCUGUGGUGGGUACUUUUAUAUACCUAACUUCUCUAGAAGAAGCUGCAAAGAGGACAAUUCACACAGCUAUAGCGAUUUUUACAGCCCUUCUGGCCGAAACUGGGCCAACAAGGUCCAGGAAUAUAAUUCUUAUAAUAGCACUUGGCACAGGAUGUCUUUUUAUUGGUUGGCUGGUUGACUUAUGUAGUACCAAUUAUAGGUCAUUUUCCUUUCCAACAGGGUUCUAUUUAAAUCUGCUUCAGAGUUGGCAAACCGUUAAAGAAUGGUUAAAUAGUCGCAUGAAGAAAAUUUUAAAAUAUUUCCGUUGGGGGUUUAUACUUGCGGGGUUCACUGCACUAGCAUUGGCCGCAAUAAGCUGGAAACUGGAAAGCACUGACAGCUACUGGAUUUGGCACAGCAUUUGGCACAUGAGCAUCUACACUUCUUCGUUCCUCUUCCUCUGUUCAAAGUCAAUUACUUUAAAUACCGAGGAUCAAAGACCUCCAGCCGCAGACUAUGAGUUGACUCGGCAGGAUUCUCUUUCAAGACGUCGAUAGAAAAAGAAAUAUAUGAAAGGGGGGUGGUUCUUCUUCAUGGUGCUGAUAUCGAAAUAACAAGCACACUUCAGUUUUGACUGCAUUGACGAAAGCAGUUUGUUGUAUUAUUGUAUAUUCUUCUUGUCGGAAGGUGGAGAUAGGUGAGAAUCCACAAUCAUAUCUACAAUAUUUUUUUGGAUCGAGAAGUAGCUGAGGGUAGUGAGAGAGAUGAUCAAGAACUGCUGGUAGGAGGACAGAGUUACACCAAAGUAACUAGGAUGAGGAUGUACAAGUGAUGUAAAUUGAAAGGGUACCAUUAUUAAAUCUUCAACACUAUAUUCUUCUUGUUAACUUAAUAAUGGAAGCAGAAUGCUUUUGAUUUCUCAA